AUGGCAAGCGAUAUAACAGCAGAACCGGGGCCUACAUCAGUCUUUUCGCGUAUAAAAGCGCUCGAGUCGCAAUCGCUAGCAGACAGCAGCAGUAAAAAAAAACGAUCAAAUCUCAUCAUAGACAGUGACGGCGACCAUGAGGAGGACUGGGUUAGUGUGCCAAUAACAGCCACUGCCUUGACACCCACAAUAAUAACCACCAGUGUUGCACCUCCACUACCAUCUAGGAAACAAAAUCAUGUUCCAGCAUUGUCCGUCUCAUCGUUCCAUUCAGUUUCCCUGUCGUCUGAAUCCGUAAAUUCCCUUGUCAUUGAUUCGGGCCGGGAUUUUAACAAGGAGGAGGAUACAGUAUCGCUGGAAUCAGAGCCUUAUGAGGACGUUGAUUCUACUACUUCGCUUGGCAGUCCUGGUGCCGUAGCAAGGCUAACGGCGGAUUGGAACCAGUUGAAUAAUUUACCCUCGAAUCUUCAACGACCACGAAGCGCCGCACCUAUUAUCGCAGGAAAAACCAAAUCAGCACCUCCACCUCCACCUCCAAGAUCCGCUUCUACAUCUUUCUCAUCGUCCAUAUCUUCAUCUGGACCUCCAUCUGCGACUACAUCCAAUGGCAGACGGCCGCCCCCUCCACCACCCAGUAGUAAUCGAGCAUCCACAUCUACAACUGCUGGCUCUGAUCGGUCAUCUGUCCUUAUUGUCACGAGCAAUGUAAGCUCGACAAACAGUAGCUCGAUAAACCAUGGUUACCCGCCGUAUCAGGCGUAUAAAUCCAAACCUCCACCUCCACCUAACAAACCUACAACUCCGCUAAAACCUCAAGCGCUGAAAUACCUACCUUCUUCUUCCUCUAGCUCCUCUGUUACCUCUUCGUCGUCAACUUCGACAACAGGACCAGGUCCGUCUACUUCCUCUCUUGCUCUCGCUCGUCCCACGCCUGUUCCCCCACUUGCCCGGAAGCGAUAUGAAACCGUCUUCGACGCAAACUUGGCUAAUCUAAACAUCGCUGCCUCGAACGGUCCACUCACCUCUACUUCUUCCUCAAAACCCGCUCUUCUUUCCCCCUCCGCUGCCUUGGCCAUUUCACGCAAAGGAUGGAGGGGUCUUUCAAUAGACUUGGUUACAUCGGAUGAUAAAGAUGAUGUAGUGUUGAAUAAGGAUAAAGAUAAAGAUAGUGGUCAUGCAGCAGGCGAGAAUGAUCAAAAUAAAUUCAACCGACUCCCUGGACCUGUCGUGCGCAUUAUCUGGGAAAAAUCUCGUUUGAACAGGGAGAAACUGAGUGCGAUUUGGCUCGAAUGCGAUUCAUCUCACACAGGCUUCCUCGACUGCGAUACAUUUGUUAAGGGGAUGUGGAGGAUUGAUGCCGAAUUAAGACGUGAGGAGCUGGAGAGAACUGGGAGGGCGAAGAGAACUGGAAGUCUAAAAAGUGUAGGGAGUAUCCAGCGCCAGUCAAGUACGGCCAGUACAACUUCAUCCUCGCAUAGCCUACGGAGUGUUCCUUCCGUGGGAAGCUUACGACGAAAGCCUGUACCCGCGAUCUCAAUGCCUCCGAUACCACCUAUACCACUUAUACCCUCGCCUGCACCCUCUACAGGAACUUCAGGGACACUAAAAACGACGUCCAUACCACCUCCGCUGCCCGCUCGAAAACCCACAAUGGGAACGGGAUUGGGAACCGGAACCGGGUCGAAGGUGGAUUUGGGAGAUGAUGAGGUUGAUUUAUUAUUGUGA